AUGAACCUGACUGUCAGUGUUCCCGAAGGUUCGAGUAACCAUGGCGAUCCAAACCUUAUCUGUACGCCUCCGAAAUGGUACGACUACAUCUUAUUUUUCUUCACAAACUAUCUCGCCCACGCGGCAACCAUUGUCUCGGUGCCAGGACAAAGCGUUACGGAGACCAUUUGUGUUGGUGUAGCAGCUCUUCUCGCACCCUCGAGCGGCAUAAUGAGAGCCAUGGAGGUUUUCAUAAGGCGUCCUGUGUUUCGAUCGAGAAAUCCUAUGGAGCAGGCUGCUGCGGCCAUGGCUUUGUGCAUGGUCGUGAAAACGAAUUGGGUAGCCGAUGAAUAUGGGGGUGCAAUAGAGAUUAAUACAACCGAGCACCCGUGGAUGAUAAAUAGAGUGACCCUUGUUCGCCACCUGGCUAACAUCCAUGGGCAUUUUCAUCUUCCAGAGGGUUAUUGGUUUGGCUACGUCCCGGCAUCGCUCAGGCUGGUUCCUCGGGAGAAGGAGAGGAAGCACCCCUGGGCCGAACGUCCCCGAAGCGAGUGGGGGAGCACAGGUGAACCGCAAGCGCAGAUUAGGCACAAGCUUUUAUUGGGCGAUGCUGCAGUACACACCUUGGAGGGCGUCGGGGAGCGCAGGCCAACACGCCCACCUCAGAAACAACCACAACGAUUACACACAGCGCUCGCCGCUUCAUACAAUAUCCCAAAGGCAUUUGUUAGCCUGGCGCAAGCGAUAUGGGCUAUAAUCACCCUGUAUCGCUCGCGGGGAAACCAGAUUGAUGAAUAUGGAUACGCUGCAUUCGGUCUCACCGUCGCCUCCUACGCUUACAUGUCCAUCAUCAAUUUAAUCGCAACUUGCCUCACACCGGAGUAUCCCGCUAUCUAUAUGGUCAGGACAUCAAUCAUGGACGAAGCCGAAGAGAACGGGGCCGUCAUUGUUGGAGAAGUCGCAGACAUCCACCUAGACCCAAAUCAGGAAGUAAAAUACGACGCGGAUCACACAACUGACUUUGCGUGGAUUUGCGGGUUCCUGUUUUCCCUGCCACCAUUGGCGAUUGUAGGUGGCCUGUCCCGGUUUGCCACGGGCAAUAGUUCUCUACUCGAGCGGGGAUUUACCAUGGCUUGGUUGGCGACCGGCUUAUUCGCAGGAUUGUGGGUUUAUCUUAUCCUUGGUUAUAUUUAUGUACUUCAUCCAUCCCUGACCAGACCAGGAAUGGAGGCGAGGGCACAUUCAAUUGCUUCUCUGCUUUUCUUCACUCUCACGGUUGUCGUGCCAUUGGCUGCUCCAGCUGUUGGAGGGUUUGUGGUUGUCGCGAAGAUGUUGAGUGAAUAUGGGAUCAGUGGAAAACAUGCUAUACAACUCAACGAGAGAGCCGAAUCUGGAGCGGAAAAGGAAAGAGAAGAGGGAGAAAAAUACCGUACCAGUCGCAAUUUACAUGGCUCUCAGCUUAAUAUGGCCCGCUCAAUGGAUGAUAUUACGCUAAGCUCUUGGCAGCGGGAGCCGAGGAACAGUCUCUCAAAGUGUAGUGGUCAAGCAAGCCCGGCCAUUUGCGAUGUAGUUAGUGUUUUCUUGCUACGUAUCAUAUGGUCAAUCAUUUUAUGGAGGGGUGUCUUUAGUACCGUCACAACACAGCGUAUUCAGGCACUCCUUUGUCCUUUACCACGCAUUUCAGUAACUGAACAGAAAAUGGUAUUUUCUUCUAACCAUAUACAGAUAGCGAAGCUUGGUGCCACUGUAUCAAACAAGCAGAAGUCACCGAAGUCCUUCACCUCACCCAAGAAGAUGAUGCGACAGAAACGAGACCGGCGCAAAAAGAGCCUCUUACGAAAGGCCUACGAAUACAGCAAGCUGCCGACUCAGAAAACGGAAAAGGAUUUUGACUCUAAUUCUAUAACUAAUAAUAACUCAGCUGCAGCCGAAGACAUCAAAAAGGAAGAUUAUUUAAUUAUAUUCUUAAUAGAAUAA